GAAAGACGUCAUGCCCGAGUGAGCUAACUUCCUUACAGCGUGAACCACACUGCAUACUACCAGUGCUGUGGUGCAUACCAUACCGUACGUAAGGAUUGCUUGUGCGUUCAUUUACCUCAAUGAACUCCAAAUUUAGCACUUCAAUGACCAAACAUUCCUCCGUACGCUGGGGAACCAACCCCCCAAAGAAAGCUGCGCAAUUGAAUGUAGAGAUCUGCUUUGGGAGGAAACUCACGGUUAUCAAGACGCCACAAUUAUGCUGGCAAAUUGGCUUUUUCAGGGUGUGUUUCCAAAAACAAACAAACCCCGCGUGUCCGUCUUAUCACACAUGCACGCAUAAGGUCACUGAGGUAAGCGUAACUGGUCAAACUGAGGAUCAGCUGCGAUCAGCAGGGUUAUCGAGAAUCCCACUAUCAUUGCCACACAGUUUGGUUCGAACCACAAAUAACUCCACCGGGCACAUCAGAGAUGUAGCCUGUUCUGGGAAUUUCAGUACCGAAAUACCUUCCAAUCCUAUUAGUUUGCAUGCUCCUCAAACCUGUGUCAAGACUCAACGAUGCUUCCGAAAACGCUGGUGAUUUUUGUGGCAGUUGUGACAGCUGUGAACGCUGCUGAAGAUCCCAGCCAAGUGGAUGCUCCGGAUGCGCUGGAUUUCUCGUACGCCCGGCUGUGGCGUUACGCACAGCAACAGUGCAACUUGAAAGGCAUCACACCGACGGCAUUUACAAACUCCUGGCUGGGGGUGCGCCGCUGUCUCAGAAACACGCUGGAUGUGGUGCAGCUGAACGAGGACUCGAUGCGGAUGGAUGUCGGCAAUCAGGAAGAAAUUCUAAGCCGCCACUGUCCGAAUUUGUACGAGGGUAUCAAAUGUUUCAAUCCCUUCAUGGACAUGGUAAAGGGAUGCGUAACCGAGGAGAGCUACGAAAUCUUUCAAGCCUUGCAAAAUUGGUUCACAGACAUUCUGGAGUAUCUGUGCGAAAAUAAUGGCGCCAAUGUUGAGUACGAUAAGCAGAAACAUGACGCCUGUACACGUGAGAUUAACAAGUAUAUCAUUACCUGUGCCGCGGAGAAUUUGGUCGCCACGCCGGAGGUAAAUCGUAAAACGCUCACUGAAGAGAACUGCAGCGCUCUCGCUACAGCGAAGGAUUGUCUGCUGGGGAAGCUGAAGACCUGUGGCGUCUUUGCCAACGGAGCGCGAUUGUUCUACGAAAACUUCAUCCAAAUUACCUCGUGCAAAAAUUACAGCCCCAAAACGGAACGAAAAUAAAUGAGCGCUACCUUCGGCAAUGGA